AUGACAACCUCCGACCGAGAUCAACUGAUUGACAUGGGAUUCUCCCCUGAAAGAAUGUAUGGCGAAGAGAGAAUAUUUAUGAAAGAAACUCUUAAAGGAUAUGUAACAAAGAAUGCAGGUCUACAGCCUGCCAUGGACUGGCUAAUUUCACAUGCAGACGAUGACUUGGACGAAACAUUGGGCGGAUCAUCAAGCGGAACUGCCAUUGCAUCCGGGUCCGGGACUAAUAACGCUGAACAAGAGGAAGGAGAGAUCAAGGCAGGAGAAGAGACUGCCCAAUCUUUGAAAUGUGACGAUUGUCAGAGAUUAUUUCGUGAUGCGAAAGCGAAGAUCAAGGCACAGAUUGAGCAGGAUAAACGAGAUAGGGCCGCAAAGCGCGAGGCUUCUCGAAAGGCUAUUGAAAAAGUAGCGGCUGAAGAGGCAGAAGCGGCGGCAGAAGCUGCAAAGGCGCCAAAGCCAUCUAAAGAGUAUACUGAAGCAAGACUCCAGUUUCGACAGACAUCGGGUCCCUCAAUUACACAUACGUUCCAAGCAACUGAUACGCUGCAGACUGUUUACGAUUUUGUUGCAGAACAGAUUUUUGAACCAUUCCAGCUGAUAACCACGUAUCCAAGGAAAGUUUUGGACGGUGAUGACAGAGAGAAGACGCUCAAAGAACUCGAUCUAUGUCCAUCGAACGUAUUGAUGGUAUCAAAAUGA